AUGGCCGAAGAACGCGAAGGAGCCCGCCGGCCCCGUCCGACAAUCACACGAGAGGAAAUAGACCAAUUAUGGCGAGACUCACGGCUCUCGAUCCCGCCCCUGAUUCGCAUACCAGCUGCUGCCGUCACCGCCUUCAGCGUCGGAAUGUCUCUGGGACUGGCGCAUGGAAGCACAAUGGCUGGUCUACGAUUUCGAGCCGAACACGCCCAUCGUCUUCCGACCUCAACCACCGGCUGGUAUCUGUAUCACAAGAGCAAGAAUUAUCAUUUGGCCUUCGGUGGCCUGAAGGAAGGACUGAAGACUGGACUUCGGCUUAGCGUGUUGAGUGUGGCUAUGUUCUGUGCCGAGAACCUAUUUGACGUCUACCGUGGCACCAAGGAUAUGCUGAAUACUGUCGGGGCCAGUUUGGCUGUUGCUGGCGGUUUCAGCUUGAUCAAUCGAUUCUCGCCUGCCGAGACAGCACGAACGGCUCGCAAGGGUUUAAAAUUUGGACUUGUAUACGGCGCCGUGCAGGAUUUGCUGUCCUUGGCCAAAGGACGACCCGUGGGUUACGUCGAGUUCGUGCGGCGACAUAUUGGAUCCAGGACCAAGAUGCAAGACCAGCAGACAAUAUGA